AUGAAGUAACAUUUAAAGCUUGAUUUACUAAUGAUAGUGAUGUUCAUUAAGGAGGGAAGGUAAAUGUGCAAAAUUAAAAAAUUUUCACUGUGGUAGAGAUGAAGAUGAUGAACCUGAAAAUCACAAUAGAUAUAUUCAUUUAGAUGGCAUUGAGCUAUUAAAUUCAUAGAUAGUAGAGGAGCUAGUGGAUCCAAAUGUGAAAUUGCUGAUAUAGAUUAUAGAGGAGGGAUUAAGAAUGAUUCAGAUAAUGAAACUACAUACUCCAACAUUUUUUAAGUUUAGGUCAAGGGAAUUUAAGUAUUUGCAGAAAAUGCUUAUACUUCUUUAGACGCAUAAUAUCUUGUUAUUAAUAGUGGAACUUUCUAAAUUGGUACUAAAGCAAUUCCAAAUUAACAUAAUGUUAAAAUUACAAUCAGAGGUGAGGAAAGAGCAAAAUAAUAUCCAAAUAUGGGUAACAAAAUGAUUGGUUGCAAUCAAUUCAAAAUCGAUAGAACACCAUCAUGGACUUUAUUAUCCUAAACUACAAUUAAUGAUAGUACUAUAACUGUAGAUGAAGCAGUAAAUUAACUAGAUGGAGAUCAAAUAAUCAUUACAUCCAGCAAUUAAGUCUAAAGCAAAGCUGAAGUUAGAAAAAUUCUUGCACUAUAUAGUGGUACUAUUAUCAUGGAGUUCAUAUUUACAUUUAAGGAAAACAAAAUGAAGGCACUGAAGCAAGAAUUGAAAAUGUAGAAAAAGUAAAUAGUGGUCAAUAAAGAUAUUUAAAUAGAUUCCCAAUUAAUUUCAAUAAUGAUGGAGUAGUUUCAAACUCAUAUACUAGAAACAAUUCCAUUCAAAAUUCAAAUACUCGUUGUGUAGGAUUUAUAAAGUGUAUCACAUUUGGAUGUUACAUAUAACAUUUGCUACAACGGUGUUGGCCAUGCUAUCUACAUUUAAAAUGGUAAUGAAAUGUAUAAAACUUUUGAACACAAUCUUGUAGCUGUUGUUAAAUCAACUUGGUAAUUAUAUCAAUCAGAUGCAACAGCAUCAGCCUUUUGGAUUACAAAUUCUAUCAAUAUAUUUUUCGAUAAUAGAGUAGGUGGAGCAGAAUAGUAUGAAUUCUAUUUAGCAUUUAAAUCAAAUCCUUCUGGUGUUGCAUCUACAAGUGAUGUUUGUCUAACUUGUGUACCAUUUUUGAACUUUAUUAAUAACGCUGCCCAUUCAACAGGAAGAAUUGGAUUAAGAAUUGGAACCUUUAUUUCAAAAGUUGCUCAAUGUGUUUCUCAUAGAAAUAAUGCCUUAGAUGAUCGAUUUAGAGCUAAUCCAAGUGUCUAAACUACAUUAUCAGGACUUAUAACAUGGGCAAAUGCUUAAAUUGGUGUUUUAGCAGAUAAUUUAGGAAAUGUUUUGAUUGAAAAUGUAUUGAUUGCAAGUUCAAAGAUUGCUGGUUAUCAACAACAUAAAGCUAAUUUCUCAGCUGAAGAUACCACUAAUAGAAACUUUGUUAUUUUUGAUUCACAAACUAAUACUGGUUUGAUAGUGCCUAGAGCAAAUGGAUUCUUGGCUAACACAGUCAGAUUUGCAAACUUCCAAGGUACAUCAACCUUGAAUGAAUUAUGUUCAGCUUGCAAGAAUUAUUUGGUUUGGGUAACAGGAGGAAAGAAUACUAACAUUAAAGGAAUUAAGAUGAUAAAUUCUGCAAGUGCAAGAAUUAUUCAUUGGAACAUCUUUUGGGAUUUAGAUGGUACUCUAACUAAUCUACCAACUGGAACCUAAAUUGUUGGUACAACAGUUGGUUAAGUCUAUCGAUCAUGUCAUCUUAAUACAUAAGUUCUCAAGAAUCUGGUCUUGUAUUCAGAUUCAACUAUACUGUUUAAAGAGAAACCUUUGAUGUUUAUAAAACAGAAAUCACAAAUUCCUUUCAAAUUACAUUUAAGUUUCAGAAAUUCCAAAUCCAAAUACUUGUAACAAUUGUGA